AGAAAGAAAAAAAAAUUUGAUACGAAAUAAACGUCAAAACGAAAACGGCAAAAGGAAGAAAAAUAAAAAUGGUUGUCUCAAAAGACAGCAAGCGUCGCCGCAAGGAAACGGAGACUCCACCGCCUCCAACAGCAGCAGCAACAACAACAACAGCACAAACAACAGCAGCAUCAGCUGCAGCGGCAACGGCUGUGGAGUCAUCACCCGAAAUGCCCAAGAGAACCAAGGUGCAGGCUCAAAGGAAGUUCGCCCAGGGCCAAAGUGCACCAAGUAGCAGUUCAUCCAGUGCAGCCGCGGCAGCCGCAGCAGCUGCUGCUGCUUGUAUGGCGAAUGCUGGAGGAGGUCCAAGCACCUCAUCGGGUGGUGGUGGCGGUGCUGGUGGUGCAGGUGAAGCCGGCGGAGCUGGUGCCGAUCAAAAUCAACAGCCGCCCAUUGAGAUUUUACCCAACAAAUGCCCCAAGCCGCAGGAUUUUCUAACGUUUCUAUGUUUUCGUAAUACCCCAGCAUUGCCCGCCCAUUUGGAUUUUCUUAAUCAGGGCAAAUCCAAGGAUUCGGAAGCGGCCAGCAGCAAUAAUAAUAAUAAUAAUAACAAUAAAAAGGGCAAUCGUGGUGGCGGCGCCGGAGCCAGGGGAGGAGGAGGAGGAGGUGGAAAUGCUAAAAAGAAAAGGGGCAGACCAGCCAAGGGCCAGGCGGCAAAAGGCCAAGAGUUGAGAUCAACACAAAGCGCUGCUGCUGCAAGUAAUAAAACCAAAGCAGUGGCAUCAACUCCAACUACACAGAGUGCCACUCCACUACCAAAGCCACCUGGAGCUGCUGCUAUUCUGCCCGGAGCUGUGCGCAAGCGGGCCGAAGUUGUCGCAGAGGGCAAUAGGAGGGGCGCAGCGCGAGGCAGAGGAGCAGCAGCGGCCAGAGCUACAGACACAAAGUGCAAUACAGAUGCCAAGCGUCGCUCGAACCGAUCUAUAGUCAAAGACAGCAAACCUCUUAUCGAUGGCAGUCAAACCGAUGACGAUGACGAUGAAGAUGAGGAUCAAGAUGACGAUGAUCACGAUGACGAUGAUGAGGAUGAAUAUUUCUCCGCCCACGAUGCCUCUUCCCGUAAUGGCAUUGAGACGGCGGCGCCUCCCGAACAAGUGGAAACCAAAUCAGAGCCCCCGGCCAAACGUGGACGUCCGGCAGUAGUCAAAAAGGUUACCAACGUGGAAACAGCUGCAGUUAGCGAAAAGUCGGCAGCGCCCGUCAAGCGUUUACGUCAAAAGGAAUCACCCAUAUUUAUACCAUCACCUGAAUCUUCCGGCCGUAUGACACGUCAGAGGGCUUUCUUUGAGCCCGUCAAAGUAUUGCCAGUUCAGGAAAACGAAAACGAAAAGGACAGGGAAAGGGAGAAGGACAAGCAAAAGCAAAAGGAGGACAAAGUCAAGUCACAGAACGAGAAGGAGGAGAAAAAGUUGGUAAAAGAUCUCGAACCGGUUAAGGCGGCAGCGGCGGAACCCAAGGAGAAAACAAAUUCCAGUAUUUAUGCCAAAGAUGCCCACAAGCAGCGCCUAGAGAAUGGUAGUGGUGGUGGCGCCACUAGUCCAGCCACAGCCACAGCUACAGGUGGUGGUGUUGGUGGUGGCAGCUCCUCAUCUGGCAAGGGUAAAAAGAGUUUAAACGUUUUCGAUUUUAGUUCCGAUGAUGAGCAACCGCUGGCCAAAACGAUUAAACUGAAAAAGGGCGGUAAGGCUAGUCCAAAAAAAUCACCAGGAGCAGCUGCAGCAGCAGUUCGGGGACGGAAAACGGCCGGAGCAGGAGCUAAGAAGCAACAGCAACUGCAGCAGCAGCAGCAAGAGAAAGCCGAAAAGACAAAGGAUAAGGAAAAGGCAAAGGAAGACGAACCAAAGUCAAAGCUGGGGAAAAACAAAGCAGACGAUGAUUCACCCAUCGCUCCGCAAGGAUUAAAGAAACCAUUAACACAAUUGGAUAAGCCUCAGGCACGCCAACAGCGUGGCAAUAAACAAACUAAAGCCAUUAAAUCCCUACCGGAAACGGAAGAGAUACCAACGCCGCCACAACGGACGCCACGUCCAUCGCGUAAGACCAAAGAGGCGGCUGCCAUUUAUAUGGGCAUCAUUGGUCACAAACUGCAAUUGGCUGACGAUGAGGAAGAUGAUCUUUCGCUAAGUAGUUUCCCUGAUAUACCCAAUGUCAAGGAAAUGGAGAAAAUGGAGAAUGAAAUUAAGAAGAAUGCAGCGGGAAAGGCUUCACCAGCGCCACCACCGCCGCCGCAGCCACAACCUCUGACUACAGCCUCCAGCGCUUCUAAAGGCGGCGAAGGGACAUCAGCUCAAGCUCAAGAGGUGGAAAAGCCAUCAGCAGCAAGCACACCAACGCCAACACCACCUACAGCACCGGCCACAGCUGCAGCUCCUGCGCGAAGAGGACGACCGCCCAAACAGGGCAAGGGAACAGGAGCAGCCGCAGCAGCAUCAGCAGCAGCGGGAGCGGGAGCAUCAACUGCUCCUCCACAAAUUGAGGGAAUGCUGAUAAAGAAGGGUUCAUUGGCCAAAGUGAGCAGUGGCAGCGAACAAACGACAACAGGAAAGGGAGCCCAAACCAAAGCCAAGUCCGAACAGUCAAAGAAAGUCGAUUCCGAUGAGGAGGAAGAUUUUCUUAUCAAUGAGGAGCUGAAUGAAACCAAGCGAAAGCUGGAAAAGAGUUUCAGUGACUCGGAUGAUGAGCCCUUGGCCAUUAAAGUGCCUGUCGCUAGUCACGGUGCCGGCAGCAGCAGCAGCAUGCUUAGGGCCAGCAACAAGGAUACUCCAACAAAUCCACCAUCAUCACCAGCUAUAGGAGCUGCUGCUCCAGCACCAACGACAGGCAAAUUAAAGAGCCCAUCACCUGUCAAACCAACUGCAGGAGGAUUACCAACAGCAGCAGGAGUGGGAACAACUGUUUCACCGCUACCAACUACUAAUACCACCUCCAGCCAAUUUUCCAUGUUGCCAGUGACCAACAAAUCAGCAGCAUCAAGUACUCUGGGAUCCAUGCCCAUGCCAACGGGCAAUGCGACAAUAUCGCCGCCCACUUUUACGGCGCCAGGCGGAGGACUCAAACCCAUGGAAAAGAAGUCACCGGUACCCACAUCAAAGAUUCUCAAUGUGCCCGCCACUUAUGCCCUGCCCGGGCAGAAGACAUCGUCGUAUUUGCCCCAAGCAUCGCCACACUAUCACGCCACAGGCUAUGUGCGUCCACCGCCGACACCUACUCAUCAAUUUGGCGGCGGAGGCGGAGCUGGUGUUGCUCCAGGUGGCAAGACACCAUCACAGGCGGCGGCCACAACAUCACCGCUCAAAUAUCAAACGCCUCCAACAACCUAUCCACCACCCAUUGAGGCCUACCAGUGUCCGAAAAUAAAUCCCAACUUUUUGACACCCAAAUACGAGAGAGGCCCCCUGCCUCCCAGAUCCGCUCCAGCUGCGACUAAUUUUCCAACGCCGGCACCGGUGAAAUUUAUGCCCACACCGGCCCCAGCGACCACCACAGUGGGUGGAACCACUAGCCAAGCAGGUGCAGCAAAUACCAGUCCAGCAAUCCAAUCCAACACCAGCAACACCAAUUACAAUAAAAGUGUCCAGCCCGCCUCGCCGCCGGUGGUUGUCCAGCCUCAACUGGUUCAAGCCCAAUCGAUGAGUCUCAAUCUCAGUUUACCGCCAGCAGCAGCAGCAGCAGGAGCACCAGGACCUCCACCUCCCACUUCGACAGCUGCCGCUCCAACGGCCAUUCCACCGGCUGUGCCAUCGACAUCGGCAGCAGCUGCUGCUGCUGCUGCUGCUGCUGCAGUUGCCGCAAACAUAUCAACAUCAACCCAAACUCCACCUCCGGCUCACAGUAAUAGCAAUCCCAAUGCCAAUUCUACAGCAGCAGCAGCGGCGGCGGCUGUGGCGGCAGCAGCGCCAUCAGGAGGAGCAGCAGCCACAGCAGUAGCAGCAACAAUUGGAGGAACGGCAGCUGUUGGCGCUGCGGAUCCCUUGAAAGAUGAGAUAGGCAGCAUAUUGGCUCAAGCAAAUCUCAUGCCCAGUAAAGAGGAGUCGGGCAAAAUCUUUGGCAUAGCCAGUGUAAGUCUCGCACAGAGUUCCGGGCCGGAUAACACGAAAUGCACAUUGGGUAAAUGCGGUUCCAUACAUAAGCCAGUCCUUGGUCCUGUUGUGCCCACUGAGGGCUAUUUCGGGGAUCAGCUGUCGAGCAAAGAGCGACGCAAGGCGAAAGUGAAUAUGACCCAUGAGCAGAUCCAAAAAUGGUUGAUCGAAUGCUCAUCGAAUCCCGAUGAGAUUCAAGAUGAUCUCGAUGAUGAUUUCGAUGAUAGCCUACGGCCACAGCAGUCCACAACGCCGCCAGCUUCGAAUGCCAGAGACGAGAAGGAGGCGAGCACAGUGAGUUUAAGUUCCUCGUCAAAGAAUACCAGGGGAGAUUUGGGUAAGAGUGACAGUGCCUGGUCAGCCAAGGGGCCAUCGCUAAAGGCCACACCGGUAAUGGUUGUACCACUCACACGAAAAGAUCAGCAACAGCAACAGUUGUCGGCUGCAGUGGUGGAGGAGAGCAAAGACACCGAUGGCAUGGAAUCAACGCCGGUUAAUCUUACCCAGAAACCAACAACAACAACAGCCGCCGCCGAAAUGGCCGAAAAGACAACCAAACAGGCGGCAACAGCUAAUGAAAAGAAAACAAAAGAGUUAACGAAAUCCUCUAAAGCAGCAGCAACAUCUACUUCGCAGAAGAGUCCCACUCCGACACCGACACCCACAGCAACACCUCCACCACCACAGCCAGCUGCGCCACCAGCAGCAGCAGCAACAACAACAACAGCAGCCGGAGGGAAACAAAAAGCCGAGAAGGGCAAGAAAACGCCAGCAGCUGGACCAUCUUCCUCAUCAACGGCAACAACGCCGACCAAGCGCACUCCGGUUUACAAUCAAAAGGGUAGCAGAGCCAAUCAACAGCAACAGCAGCAGCAGGCACAGCAACAACAACAACAACAACAACAAACCCAUCAGGCAGAAAGUAAGACUACAACCAAUCCGAGUCAGAAACGUGGCAGUGAUCCUUCCAUCUAUGCCUUUGGCAAGGAAGAAGAAUCUUCGACAAGCAAGCCAACAAAUCGACGACGCUUGGAAGCGCCCACACCACCACCGCCACUUGCUGCUCCGGCAACGGCAAAUUCCUCGGCCACUGUGCCCAAUGCCUUGAGUGAACGAUCGCCCACUAAGAAGCGAGCGGCAGCAGCAGCCGCUGCAACAGCUGUCCAAUUGACAUUGAGUCCCACGGAGAAUUGUAAGAUUGAAGGAGCAGUCAAAACUAAGGCAGCCACGGGAAGAGUCACCAAGAAGCAGCAGAAGGAACAGCAAAAACAACAACAACUGGAACAACAGCAGCAACAAGUUGCCACCAGUGGCGGCGACUCGGACAAUGAAGGAGCCACCUUCUAUAUACCCUUACAGGGCGCUGGAGUUGGUGGAACUGGUGAUCCCACUGGUAUACAAGGCGUGGCCGUUAAACUGGGGCGCGAAGGUCCCGACGGACCCAAUCAGAAGGUUGUCAUGCAAGCGACUCUUGUCACCAAAGCACAAAUGGAUACCAAUUCCAAGCCUCUACCCGAAUCCCUAAAUACCAAUGAAUUGGUCAAGACAUUGCUGCAUGCGGCCAGCAGUAAUAAUGAUGCCGCAUCCUCGGCAGCCAGCAUAAAGAGUUUACCCAAGGCUAGCACAUCAGCGGCGGCUGCAGCAGCUGCUGCUGCUUCUGCUGCCACAGCAACGGGAACAGGAACAGGAACAACUGGGACCGGUACCGGCACCGGGACAAGUCUUGUGCGUGUCAAUUCGAAUUCCUCACUCUUUUCGGGAUCUGUCAAGUCACGGACUGCAGCCCAGACGAGCUCGACAGCGGCGGCUAUAGCCAAAAAGUACAAAGAUGAUACACCCAUCAAGAUGGCCAAUAAUACAGCCUUUCCACGACACGAUGAUCCCACCCAGAUGGUCGAGGCGCCAAUAUUCCGACCCAGCGAAAAGGAAUUUGCCGAUCCCAUAGAGUUCAUUGAGAGGAUAACACCACUGGCAGCUAGAUUUGGUAUUUGUAAGAUUAUACCGCCGGCCAGUUUCAAACCGGAAUGCCGCAUCUCGGAUGAGAUGCGUUUCACGGCCUACAAUCAGUAUGUACAUAAGAUGCUUCAUCGUUGGGGCCCCAGUGCCAAGGAGCUGAGUGCCAUUAAGAAAUAUUUGACCACCCAGAGUAUUGUAAUGAAUCAUCCGCCAUGGAUCGGUGGCAUGGAAGUCGAUCUGCCGAGACUGUAUCACACCGUCCAGGAAUUGGGCGGCCUCAAGGAGGUGAUUGAAAAAAAGAAAUGGUCACGGGUAGCAGAGGAGAUGUGCAUACCGAAACUGGCACAGGAUCGGGUAACCAAAUUGGAUGAUAUCUACUGCAAGUAUCUGUUGCCCUAUGACACUCUAUCGCCAGCCGAGAGGCAAAAGCUCUUCGAUGAGGUGGAAGCCGAUUGGGCCAAGCGAGAGGCUCGCGCCCGACGCAAUGCCGAUCGUUUUGUCAACACGGAGAGUGUCUCGAAUGAGGAGGACGAUGUCAGCAGCGAUGAGGAUGAGGAGUCCGAGGAGGAAAUCGAUGGCGUCUCAAUGGAGUGCAUUGUCAAGGGUCGCAGCAUGCCGCUAAGUCAAUUCUAUAGGAUAGCCAGAAAUACGAUGGCCUUGUGGUUCAAGAGCACCGAUCCGACAGUGAAUGAAGUUGAAGCCGAAUUUUGGCGUCAUGUCGCUGUACGGGAUAGUCAUGUGUGCGUCCAUUCGGGAUCGAUUGAUAGCUCUGGUUGGGGUUACGGUUUUCCCAGUCCGGGGCCCAAGGGAAAGGGUUCCAAUUAUGCGCGUCAUCCAUGGAAUUUAAAGGUUUUAACCAAUAAUGCUGGCUCCGUAUUGCGUUCCCUGGGACCUGUCAUGGGUGUCACAGUGCCCACUCUCCAUGUGGGUAUGCUAUUCUCCGCCUGCUGUUGGUAUCGCGAUCCCCAUGGUCUGUCAUGGAUCGAAUAUUUGCAUACCGGAGCCUCGAAACUCUGGUACGGCAUUCCGGAUGAUCAGAGCGCCAAUUUUAGGGCGGCGCUAACCUCAUUGAUACCCACACAUUGUCAGAAUAAAACCAUUUGGUUGCCCUGUGAUACGGUUAUGGUUCCGCCGCAUAUGCUCACCGAUCGUGGUGUCUCGCUGUGUCGCAUUGAACAGAAACCAGGUGAAUUUAUUGUAGUCUUUCCCCGAGCCUACACCUCAAGUUUGGCCACUGGCUAUGUGGUGUCGGAGAGUGUGUACUUUGCCACCAUGUCUUGGCUGGAUUUGGCGAAAGAUGAUUUCAGGGAUAUCCAUGAGAGUUGUGAGCCAGCCAUGUUCUCUUUGGAACAAUUACUUUUCGCCUUGGGCUAUGAUCAACGUGUCAAUUCGGAGGCACUGCAGCAAAUGUUGCCCAUGCUCAAUGAAGUAUGCGAAAAGGAGUCUGCUGCACGUGAACAAUUAAGGGCCGCUGGAGUGACAUCCACGGAAAAAGUGCAAGCGGAGAAAGGACAAAAGGCAAGCAAGAAACAACAACAACCACCACACAAAUCAAUCGAAAGCGAAUGCGAUCUUUGUCGAGCUAAUCUCUAUAUCUCUAUGGUGCGGACAGAGGAGGGAAAUGUCUAUUGUCUGCAACAUGCCCUCAAAAAUCUAAAUAAUGGCAACAUACAGGCCAAACAGUGUAAACUCAUUUAUGCCUACAAUUUGGAUGAUAUACAACAAUUGAUACGCCAAUUGCAAGAGAAGAUUCAUCACAAGGCGGUGGUUAAGAAAAAGUAGCAGCGUCGGCGUCGUUAUUAAAAACAACGGCGGAUAACCCAAACACACAACAACCACAUUGUAUAUAGAAAAAACAGAAAUAACAUAAACAUACAUAUAUAUAUAUUAUAGAUGUACGUAGAUAGGAUAGAUAGAUAGAAGGAUGUACAUAUGAGUUGGACAUCUGUGCAUAGA